UGCUUCUUCUCACUGCUGCUGCUCUUCUUCUCUCUUCUCUCUUUCUUCUUCAUUCUUCAAUUUUCAAUCUUCUACCCCUUAUUUUACAUUUAUUUAUUUUAAAUUUUAAUUCUCACUCUCAAAAGCUGUGCAUUUCCAUCCCAAAAAUCCUAACCAUUCAUUUUUUUUCCAUCGUCAUCAUCUCAUCAUCAUCUUCAACCACGUUCAUCUCUCUCCGGUUCCCAUACACAUCCGAUUUUCUUCACUGAAAUCCGGCUCCUUCUCACCGUAUCUCUAGCAUUUCUUCCCGCUUUAUUGAGCCGUACAGGUACUACAGUUGGAGUUUGAGAUUCUUAAUGUUUAUCCUUCAGAGAAUUGAAUGGAAAAAAUUCCAUUAAUGAACUGAUUGUUAGCAGAGUUCGAAGAAUUUAGGGUUUUCUUAUAUUUUCUUAAUUGGGUUUUAACGUAUGCUUUUUUUAUCAAAGUUGGGAGGGUUAUAUAAUUAAAGUGAAACGGAGAUAUGUUGGAGACAGAGUUAUGUACUUCUCGAGACGUUCUCUCGCCGUUCCGUGAAGAAAGCGGUGAUGAAGAGCUCUCUGUUCUUCCCAGGCAUACCAAAGUUAUAGUUACUGGAAACAACAGGACCAAGUCUGUUUUGGUGGGCUUGCAAGGCGUGGUCAAGAAAGCCGUUGGUCUCGGUGGUUGGCAUUGGCUGGUUCUAAAAAAUGGGGUUGAAGUUAAGCUGCAAAGAAAUGCUUUGAGCGUUCUCGAACAUCCCACUGGCAAUGAAGUGGAUGAAGAUCAUGAUUUUGACUCUAGCAGCGGCUCAGAUAUUGGUGAAAAGGAUCAUGAUUUCUCAAAUACCAUUGAGUUUCACAAACUGAGCAAGCCCAGAGUUCGGCAAACCAAGCCGUGGGUUUCAUCAGCAUCAGCGAAGGUGGUGAAUCGGAGUAGUUACAGAGAUGUUCAAUCCAUUAUUCACACAUCUCAACUGAGGGUGAACUUGGCCCGACUGGGAACAAAUUCGCUGCGAAGAUACUGCAGACACUAUCGCCUUGUUAACAUUUCUUCUGAAUCAUCAAGGGAGCAGCUGCUUAAUGCGGUCCAGCGGCACUUUGCAUCACAGCCGCCAUUGUCCGAGGUUCAUGUGAUCUCCCAAUUAAUCAAUGUCAUCAAUGCAGUGAAGAGGCGGAGAGCAAGUGACAACUGACACAUAUAGAGAGUGAAAAACUGAGAAGUAUGAAUGUGCCAUUGCCUUUGUAUAAUAUUUAACUCUAACCUUUAGGUCCAGUUCUAAUUAUAUGUGAGGGCGAUUCUAACCUUGUAGUUCUCUGGGACGGUGUGUUGCACGCCCUUUGUUAAUUUCAGUAGCUCCGUUCCGUUGUCA